AUGGCGGGUCAAGAACAAGAUACUAAUAUAAAUGUUCAACUCUUUAAAGAGUUGACAGAAAAAUAUCCUGAAAUACCUACAGACUUUGUCUCGCUACAAUUAAGAAAGACUGGUAAUAAUAGAGAUGAAGUGAUUAAGGUAUUGAAAGAAAGAAGUCAACAAAACCUGUUUGGUAGUGGUAACACAGUAGAUAUAAAACCUGGCACAGUCAUUAAUCAGAUAAACAAUUUGACAAUCUCAAAAAGAAAGGAAAAUAAAUCACCAAUGUUAGUGAAUCAGAGAUCAGAUGGUGGUAGCUAUCCUACAUUAGCUUGGCCUUCAACGGGAAAUUCAACAAUUACUUCCUCACCCCAGCCAGGAUAUACAGCUGCUGUUAUGCCAAAUGACUUCGAAAGUUAUUUAGGAAGAGCAAACAGUCAACCUGGAUCAAUUCCCAAUAUAAACUGUACUGUGGAUAAUAGUUCCCAAAGUGUGUCUCAAACUGUGAAAAAAUUUGAAGUGAAUAAUGUUUAUGGUAAUAAGACAAGUCCAGUGGUGGGAAAACGUCCAGUGCCAGUGAUACACGUUCCAUCCAAAUCUGAUAGUGCACAGUCCGUGAACACAUCUUAUCAGAUACAUAGUGCAGGCAGUGGAACUAAUACAGUUACUCAGCCUCAACAUUCACAUACUUAUUCUUAUAAUAUUACACCUACAGUACUGAGUGCACAAUCACCAAAUUCCCCUAGUCAGUUUGCUUCUAAGACAAAAAUAAUGAUAAAUCAGCCAGCAAGUAAUUCUUUUGACUCUCCUACGAGACCAAAUAAUUUUAGGCCUCAACUCAACUAUGGAGAUCUACAAAAUAAAAUUGUGCAACCUAGCGACAUUGAAGGGAAUGGUAACCAUAUGCAUUGUUCCCCUAACAUAACACCAAACUUUAGUAAGCCAUUGUUUGUGAAAAUAAAGUCAACGGGUCCUGAAGGAUCGGAGACUCAAGUGCGUUAUAAUUUUAAUCGGGACAAUCAGUCUAUGUUUGCAAAUCCAAACACUAGCCGUCACAUACAACAGCCAACAUACUCUGGGGCUUCGCGAAUACAGAUUUCCCCAAUGAAUCAAAGUCCUGGAAAUUCAAGUCAAAACAUGACAACAUAUGUACAGUUACCUCCUUAUGGUGGUAGACCGUUUUCGGCAAGUAGUCGUACUAAUAGUGAGGAUUCUGAUCAUGGUACUAGUAAUGCAUAUAAUUUAUGUACAGGAGAUAUCAAUCAUCCUGGUAUUUAUCACCCCAUGUCACCAGCUUCUAGUCACAGUAGUUUAAGUUCAGAAUCUUCAGUUCACUUAGUGCAAGGUCUGUCCAAACCUGUCAGUGGUAACGGAACAGAGGAUCAAGAUUAUCUCAAAGCCUUAUUACAUCAUCAGAAUACAAGAUUAGGUAAUUUAAAAAGUGAUUAUAAUAAGACCCUAAAGGAAACUUCAAAGUUACGACAAGAGGUUGCUCAAAUGGAAGAAAAUAUGAUAGAGAACAGUAGAAGAAAUAGUUUUCCAACUAUAAAUGAUGUGACUAAAUUACGUGAAAUAAAUCGGCGAUUACAGACUGAUAUACAAUGUAUGGGAAAUGAAAUUGACAUGAAGAAGAAUGGUCCAGGAAUGAAUAGUCUGGUAGAUCCAGUAGAUCAACAGAAUUUCUUUGAUAAUAUGCCAACAGGUCCAGCUGGUUCUAUUGGUCGACCAGUUACAUCAGCCUCUUCCCCUUCUUCUUCUGUUGCUCCUCCUUUACCACCACUUCCUUCUAUAAGCUCAGUAUGCAGACGAGUAAACCCCCCACCAAGAUCACCUUUAGACAUAGUUCCCCCUGUUCCACCAAGACAGCCCCAAUCUGGAUCUGGUGACUCUGAGGAAGGAGAGCAAUGGAAUUGUACAGCCUGUACUUUCCUGAAUCACCCUGCUCUCAACAAAUGUGAAUGCUGUGAAAUGCCAAGAAUAGUUGUAUAUAGAAUCAGUUCUUUCAUAUUUUUAAUUGCACUUUUUCUACUGUUCUUUUUCUUCCAACAAACUCAAUGUGCAGGCACAUUACCAUACUUAUCUUUAGAUAUUUUUAUUACAACUUCAACUGUACAAACUGUAGAAUAUGAAGGUAAAAAAGCAUUUCGUAAAUAUGCCGCAGAUAGGUCCUGUUAG